AUGCACUUCACAGGCUCCUCCCUGUCUCCUUCCUUUGACUUUCCCACCUCCAGCAGGCUGUCAUCCCCUGUUGGCAUUUGCAUAUUGCAGGGGAAUAAAACCUCAGUUCUCCCAGGAGUGAACCAGAGUGUUAUGGGAACUGAGCACUCAAAGAACGAGGAGCGAAGGAGCAUGGUUUUCCUUAGGAAAGGCCCGAAGCUGCCUGCAUGGGAAGAUGCCCUUCUGGCAGGGAGAGAGCCCAAGUCACUGCUGAAACGGGGACUGCGUUAUGUCAGCUUGAGCCUCAUCAUGAAAGGGAUGACCAGCACACCUGACUUCUUGUGGGGACUGCAUGAGGUGCAGAAGCUGAACCUCUCACGCAACCAGCUGGUGGUGAUUCCUCCUUCCCUGGGGAAGCUGGACAGGCUGGUAGUGCUGAACUUGGGCGGCAACUGCCUCAAGUGCCUACCUAAGGAGAUUGGGCUGCUGAGGAACCUGAAGGUCUUGUUCGUCAAUAUGAAUUGCCUGAAAGAAGUGCCAGCAGAGCUCAGCUUGUGCAGGAAGCUGGAGGUUCUGAGCCUCUCACACAACUGCAUCUCACAACUGCCUUUGAGCUUCACCGACCUGACAAAUUUGAGGAAACUGAACCUCAGUAACAACCGCUUUGUUCAAAUUCCCCUUUGCAUUUUCGCCCUGAGAAGCUUAGACUUCUUGCACCUAGGGUCCAACAAGCUGGAAAACAUCGCAGAGAGUAUCCAGUAUCUGGUCAAUCUGCAAAUCUUUAUCGUGGAAAAUAACAACAUACGCAGUCUGCCGCGUUCCCUGUGCUACAUCAGCACUCUGGAGUUACUGAACGCUGACUACAACGCCAUACAGACCCUCCCAGAUGACCUGUACCUGCUGCGCCGCCUGCGCCGCAUUGCCUGGAACCCCAUGGACAAAGGGCUCCACAUCGCCCACAACCCCCUGUCCCGGCCCCUGCCCGAGGUCGUCGAGGGGGGGCUGGAUGCCCUCUUCAACUACCUCAGGGACAAAAAGGAGCACAACUGAGCUUCCGCUGAGCUUGGGAUUAAGCCUGUCAUCAAGACUCAAUCGCAUCGGAGAGCUUUCCUGCGCAGGCAUUUCCACUUCAUAAUGCUUGGAUUUUGAAGGCUAUGGAUGGCUUUAGUAACAGUUGGAGGAAAGCAAGUAAAGUAGGAUGGUCUUGAUUAAGUGUGGGAAGAGCAAACUUUCUAAAAAUAGCCACUUCUGUAACCUUCACUGUUGUGGUACUUGGGGGUUUUCAUAGAAAAAAAAUAC